AUGACACUCCGAACCGUACAUCUCAUCGCAUCCCGCAAUGCCGAAGCUCAACGGGCGCAUUUUGCGAUCUUUGUUCCUGCCGAAGGGGCCUCAGAGCAAGGAACCUUAAUCGAGGUCGUGGGAGCACCGAUGGCUGGCUAUAUGCUGGAAUUCAAACGAAAUUAUUCACCUUCCAACGACUCUGUCGAAAACUAUGAGAUAAUUCCGAUCGGAGAGAUUGAUUCUACAUAUAUUGUCGAUGAUUAUUCGGGCGUGAAGAAGGCAGAUGCUAAUCCAAGGGGUGAUAUUGAAGUUGUGGCUUCUCAAAUUCCGACCCCUGGGAUUAGUGAGAAUUUCUUAGCACCGGUUAACGAUACAACCAACAAGCGGGAUCAGGAGUGGACGAUGGAGUAUAUUCGCCGCCUUAUUAAUAAACGCAUCAUCGGAUCAGAGGCGAUACAGAUCGUGCAUUCGAAGCGGGAUCCACCAAACCACGGCCUUGGAUUCCAGCCUAGCUUGCGACGCUCAGGAUGA